AUGGCGGAGGACCUUGUGCAGCUGCCUACUUCUGUAUGCUUGCCCCAGAGAUUCGCGACGUGCCGUUGCUGUCGUUCAUGUGGCCAGGAUCUGGACCAGCUGAAAUAUGACGUCGGAGAGCUGAAGGAUUUGCUAGGCAACAACAAAGGCGAAGUCAAUCACAUCCGCCGCAUCGUACUGGCAUGUGAGCGUGACAUGGAGGACUUCACUGCUGCAAUGGAUGCCGUCAACGUCGACCUUGACGAGAUGCGGGCCCGUGUUGAUGCCACACAUUCCAUCAUCACCAGCAGGCAGCGUGUGGAGGCCACGAUGACGGCCGAGAUCUCGACCAUGCGCCUCGACAUCGGUGAUAUUCAAGAAGCACUGAAGAACCACGACUCGUGGAUGGAGGAUGUCUCCAACACCCUCCAGCAGAUGCAGGAGAAGGAAGAAAAUUUGACCGAGGAUAUCAUCAACCUCAAGAAUGAGAUGAACACCAAGUUGGACACGAAGGUGGACAAUGAAGCCAACGAUGAUCUGGAUGCUGCUAUCAAGACUGUCCGUGACAUGGUCUCGUCGCUUCGCCUGGACGUGGAUGCCAGGCGCCGCAAGGUGGACGAGAUCCUCGCAACCAUCAGGCAUGAUAUCACGGCUGUCGAGACCAACUUGGAGGAGUCCAAGGCAAAGAUCACGAGUGACACAGACCAGGCAGUCAACGACUUCACGAACAAGGAUCUGGCAGCCACGCAAGAGAGCCUGCACACGACGCAGAACUCUCUGAGCGACUGCUUCAACGAGGUGGCCGUGGUGCGCAGUGACCUGGAAAGAAAUGUGGCCGACACAGAAGCCCGAUUGAAGAACGAUAUUCGCCAGAAGCAGCAGGAGGCCUUCGAGAAGAUCGGUGCGGUGGAACAGCAGGCGGAGCUCCGGAGUGCGGAAGCCUCCCGCCGCCUGGGAGCCUUGGAUCUCCGCAUGAGUGGGGUGCAGGGAGGACUGGGAGAGCACAAGCGCGACAUCCUCAAGCUGCGGGAGGAGGUGAAUGGGCUCACCGUGAAGAGUGCUUCCCACGAAGUGGACAUUCAGAAGAAUAGUGAUGCGACCCGAAAGAUGGAGAAGCAGCGAAACAUGGAUGAGCAGAACUGGAAAGCACAAAUGGAUGCGGUGCAUGAUGUCUUGGACACGAAGGUGAACGAGAAGCCUUUUGAGGACUUGAAGCAUUGCACGGCUGCGCUGACUCGUGGUGUGGUCAAGUUUGCCCAGGUGGUCGGAGUCUUCCCCGGCCCCAAGUUCGAUGAUGCAGAAGGUGCUGACCAAGGUGAAGCUGAUGUUGAGCUCUUGGGCUGGGAGGAGUGCGCGGAGAACAUGUCCUUCCGUGUCGACAAAGCAUGGCGCCAACGCUGUUCCCAACGUUUCCGCAACAUCUUGGUGACUUCCUUAGCCAUGCACUGUGCCGAAGAUAUGGUUGCAAAGAAAGCUGACCACAGCGUUCUUCGGCUCUUGCAGAUUUCCCAGCAGCACAUUGAGUCCCAGCUGGAGCGCGUGAAGCACGAGCGUGAGCUUUGGAAGGAAGUGGUGGAACGAGCAACCACAAGCUGGCACAUCGUAGAUGUUUGGAGCUAUGAGGAUCUGCAGGAUCUCCCGUCUGAUUCAGACUGCAUGAAGUCGACUCUGUCUGUGAAGACUCAUCGUGCAGGCAAGUUUGGCGGCCUUGCGCUGCUGCGGUCUGGAGACGUAUUCUUGGAACGACUGGGCAUCACUCGCACCUACAACGAGGCUAUGUCGCGCCUGCUUUGUCUUCUUAUGAUACAUCUGGUGCUGGCUGCAUUGCUUCUGGCCUACUUCCAACCGCGGUUCAGCCGAGCCAAGCAGAGACCUGGACACGGAACUCCAGUGGCGCAGCUGCAGCCCUGA